CUGACAGCGGAGUUCACGCAUACGCAGACACGCACACACACACACGCGCGCUCGCCGUGAUUCCUUCUGGAUCUAUACUGUCAACUCGAUUAAAGCUCCGGAGGACCAGAGUGGUGUUUCCCCCUGCAGCUGGCAUGAGCUAACAUGGAAACCAAACCUUUUUUGUCGCUAGGGUUCCUGAAAAGCCCAUGCUCAAUUGCGCCGCCCUGUGUGCAGGGCCGGCCGGGCAAUGCUGGCAGCUCGCCCUCGGGCUGCUCCUGCUACAUGGGCACAUGCCCGCUGCACCAGCGCAGGAUAUCUACAGACUCAUCAGGCCAGCUGUCUUCAUCUCCUCUGAGCUCCCCGACUGGUCACUGUGCUGUCGGCCCUCACCCACUCCACCCGUCCCUGCUCACCCCGUCUUCCAUGGGCUCCACGCCAGGUCAGCUUCACUCACCCAUCAAUGGCCUAGCAUCGCCCUUUCCUGUCAUCAGCUCACCCAUGGGACAUCCCUCCAUCACGGGGCCUUCCAGCACCAGUAUGGCCUUUGGACCUAGCCUCAGUCCACAACUCAGUUCCCCAAUGACUUCAGUCAGCAGUCCAGAAGACAUCAAACCUCCUCUGGGCCUGAAUGGGGUCAUGAAGGUUCCAGCUCAGCCAACCGGCACCCUGCUGUCUCUCACCAAACACAUCUGCGCCAUCUGUGGCGAUCGAUCUUCCGGGAAACACUACGGCGUGUACAGCUGUGAAGGCUGCAAAGGCUUCUUUAAGCGAACAGUAAGGAAAGACCUGACUUACACCUGCCGAGACAACAAGGACUGUCCCAUCGACAAGCGCCAACGCAACCGCUGCCAGUACUGCCGCUACCAGAAGUGUCUGGCUAUGGGCAUGAAAAGAGAAGCUGUCCAGGAGGAGCGUCAGCGGGCGAAAGAAAAGAGUGAAGCUGAAUUGGAGCUGGCGGGUUGUGCCAGUGAAGACAUGCCAGUGGAGAAGAUUCUGGAGGCUGAGCUGGCGGUGGAGCCCAAAACCGAAACUUAUGUGGAAGGCGGUGUUGGUGCCGCUGCCAACUCUCCCAAUGACCCAGUUACGAACAUUUGCCAAGCCGCUGAUAAGCAGCUCUUCACAUUAGUGGAAUGGGCAAAGAGGAUACCACACUUUUCCGAUCUGCCUUUAGAUGACCAGGUCAUCCUUUUACGAGCAGGGUGGAACGAGCUCCUCAUCGCGUCUUUCUCGCACCGCUCGAUUAGUGUCAAAGAUGGCAUAUUGUUAGCAACAGGCCUUCAUGUCCAUAGAAACAGUGCACAUAGCGCUGGAGUGGGUGCCAUUUUUGAUAGAGUGCUGACAGAGCUGGUGUCGAAGAUGCGAGACAUGCAGAUGGACAAGUCUGAGCUUGGAUGCCUGCGAGCUAUUGUUCUUUUUAAUCCAGACUCUAAAGGCCUGUCUAAUCCAACAGAGGUGGAGGCACUUAGGGAAAGAGUAUAUGCUUCACUGGAGGCCUACUGUAAACAGAAAUACCCUGAUCAGCCUGGGAGAUUUGCUAAACUGCUGCUCCGACUGCCUGCUCUGCGCUCCAUCGGUCUGAAGUGUCUGGAGCACCUCUUUUUCUUCAAACUCAUUGGAGACACCCCAAUCGACACUUUCCUAAUGGAAAUGCUAGAGGCGCCACACCAAAUGACAUAAUGGAGCAGUGCCUUAACUCGCUCAUGACGAAGUCGCUCAGAAUCUCUGUAAAGAACAAUCUUUUUUGCGCACAUCACCUUCAAGAGGCUACGAUGAGAUGCAUCUCAGUGACAAAUGCUUUAUCGGCUUUUCUUGCAAUCCAGGAGACAAACAGGUUAGCGUUGGUGCUUCAUUUUUUUGGGAAUUUGCAAAUCCAUGUAUUUACAGAAAGAUCAUUCACUAUGGAGCAAUUUAUAAGGAGGAUGGAUUGAGAGAGUUCUAACAGGUAUGCUUGGGAGGAAAGCUGGCUGCCCGGAUUUUAGCGGAUCUUGUGGUCUAAACAGUAUCUUGAAUAUUCUGCCUCACAGUGACCUACCUCUGCAGUUUCCUCUCUUUACAGCGUCUGUGCUCAAAUAGCUUCAUGUAUGUACACAUUCACGUCAGUGGGAGUGUAUAGGUUUGAUGAAUGGAUGCAAAAUUCUGCAAUACCUCAUAAACACCCCUCGGUACCACAGGACUCCUUUUUCCUGACACCUCAUCACUGCCUUUGGUAUAGACUGUACUUUAUGUACCGAAACAUUCAAUGUUAAUUUAGCAGUGUUUUUUUUUUUUUUUCAGAAUUUUUCAGAAUUCAUUGAUGUGAGAAAGUUGUAUAAGUAAAAAAUUGUUGUAUUUGCAGCACUUAACUGAUUAAAAUUUCUUUUCUUUUUUUUUUCAAACAGUGUUGAUAUUAGUUAAACUUCCAGCAGUCAGUCAGAAUUACAGAAUGAAAUAAAAGUCAGGUGUGUUCUUUACCUGAUUCAAGUUUAUUGAUAGAAAAAAGCAAUGAUUCUUUGUUGUUUGUGUAACAUUUUACAUGUUGGAUUAUCAAUUGUUAUGACUUCAUAAUUCAUCUCAUUAUUGUAUCAAGUAUUUCCAAAGAUUUUCAUUCAUGUGAUGAUUCCCAGCAAAGCAGCAUUUGUGCUAUAAUAAUAUGCAACUAGGCUACGCUCACAUUAAAAGGCUGAAGUGGCAUAAAUCAGGGUUUUUUUUUUUUUUUUUCAAAAUUGAGACAAUGUUCUCAACUCAUAUUCUGGAUACAAAUAUGAUACUAGAUACAUAGCCUUGUAAUCAUAUAAGAAUGUAUGAAGUGAGUGCUUGUAGCCUGUUAAUAGUGUUAAUAUGACGAGUAAGUGGAGAAAGUAAUAACUGAAAAAGCAUAAAAAAAAAAAACUGCACCUGGAAUUUUAUUUUAAUUUGGUCCUAUGUAAACCGGCUCCCAAGCUGUCAGUCUGACUCCAGAGCAGAUUUCAUUAUUGACAGAUUGUACUAUAAUUUCAUUACCGCAGUCUCUAAAACGUUUGUUCAUGUUGUUCACGCUUAUCAUCCACGUGGUGUUAUUGAUUUCAAAAUGUGCUCAUGUAAGUCAUUUCAGUGCGGAAGUCUGAGGUCACUUAAACACGAUUGUGACCUGUCAAGAUAGAAAGAGUGAGGCUAGUCUGCCACCUGGUGGUCACAGGUGAUACUUAAGGUUUUACUAAUUAAUUUUACCAUUGGAGCCAAAAAGGGAAAAAGAUUAAAUAGAAUUGAAUAAAACUUGUUAAUGUGAACAUAGCCUUUUCUUAAGAGAAUCCAGAUGAUGGUCUGGCCUCAGGGAUGUGGAAGGUUUGGAAGAGUCUGCCAUCUGGUGUCUCACAAGUGAAACUACCAUUCAAUGUUAUGCUGGAACAGGAAUAUGAAGAAUCCUUUAAUGUUUUAUAGUGUUCAGACUUGGGAAGCAUUACAAAAUAACCAGACCUCAGGCUUUGUAAAACACUUUUUAUAUUAUAGUGUUAGUCAGACUCAUAUUGUGCAAUUUCUUUCUGUUGUGAUGUUUGCUUAAAGGAACCUCUUGCAAACUGAGCCAGGCUGAACUAAAACAGUGUUCUUAUACAGUUAUUAUGCAUUUUAGGUUAUUAUUAUUAUUAUUAUUAUUAUCAUUAUUACAAGUUUUCAUAAUCAGACUGCAGAAUCUUAGCAAAGCCGCUGAUUGCUCUUUCAGUAGUCAAACUUUGAACUUAACGAAAGCAGAAGCUACCACUCAGGCACAUAUAAGGUUUACAUACAGUUUUUCACAAAACCCUAACAGUAGGUUUUUUUUUGUUUUGUUUUGUUUUUAUGGCCCCUGUCACCUGUAGCCUGAAACCAGGUUUAAAACUGUGGGCUUUAAACACCAGCAUAAAGUCAUAGGAUAAACAAAAAAGCCUCUUUGUACAUUUACUAGAUCAGAAAUCCAAGCUGCAACUCUAAAAUGCCCUAAUCUAGAAUAAUCCUGGGUGCGGGGCCUCAUGGAAGACAAACAGGGUUUAGUAGACCAACAGAAACAGCUAAUAUACUUUCCCAAUGAUAAGCAAAAUUUUGGCAAACCAUGAAAAGAUUUUGGUUUAAAGAGAAAUAUCUAUUUUUGUACAAUUGUAAGUUUUUUUUCCUUGUGUUCCAGGUAUUUACAUAAUUCUAUUGAAUGUUGCAGACAUUAAUUGUAUAAUUGUUGAUUUGUAAAGUGGAUGGGAUCUUGCCCUCUGAACAGGUUGCUGUUGGAAUUUUUUCCCUAGAUCUUUUAAUAUUAUUAUUAUUAUUAUUGUUGUUGUUGUUGUUGUUGUUGUUGCUGUUUAAGGAUGAUUUGGCUUCACCUGGUAGUAAAAUGCCAUUUUUAUAUAUCAGUACAAUAAGAAUGGGUUAAUAGUAUGUUGUCAUAUCAUACAGUGUUUAUUGUUUAAAGGACAAUUAAAUUCUCAGUUUUGAAAGCUACUUUUUCCUUAGUGCAUGAAAGAAUCAUUAACAAGUUGCAAACUUUUUAAAGACAAGUAAAAAUAAAGAUGUUUGUAUAUUUUCCCUAUUAAAAUAGGCCUAAACUUGCAGUGUUAUUUGCAGACAUUGUAGAUAGAGAGAUCAGCCAGAAUAUUUAGCCAACAUUGUAUAAUUCAGACACUGGCAAUUGUAUAAAAACAUGAAUAAAUUUGUACAAU